AUGUUGAAAUGGGUCCAAUCAGGUCUUUCGGCCGUUGCAGGUACUGCUGAACCAGAAUAUGGUAGAGAAGCUAUUUAUACUGUAAUUGAUUCUAUUAAUCAAGAACAUUUACCAGUAUUUAGAGAAACUACUAUUGAAGAUUUUAAUUGGCAAUCACCAAAUUAUACUAAUGUUGAAACUCAAACAUUUUAUUUUACUGAUUUAUCAAAGGGACAUACAGGAUUUGCUCAAGUAAUUCAUUCAAAUGUUAUGGGAGUUCAUACAACUGCUCAAUUUACUUUUAGAUUAUUUAAUACAAAAGAUGAAAAGGAAGUUAUUUGGUCUUCAACUAAAUUAGAUAAUUUCGAAUAUAAAGGUUCUAAUUUUUAUGCUGAUAAUUUAUCAAUUGAAUUUAUUUCGGAUUCUGAAGUUGAAAUUAAAUCUUCAGUUAAUCCUGAAUCAAUUGUUGAUUUUAAAAUCACUAGAGCUGUACCUGGAGUUAUAUUUGGUAAAGAUGGUUCUACACUUUAUGGUGAAGAUAAAGAAAAUCCUUGGGGUUCAAUGAGACAUUUAUUCUGGCCUCGUUCAAAUGUUGUUGGUACAGUUAAAAGUUCUUCUGAAGAUACAGAACAAGUACUUUAUGAUAUUAAUGGUUAUUCUAUGUUUGUUAUGGCUUUACAAGGUAUGAAGCCUCAUCAUGCUGCUAAAGCUUGGAAUUUUAUGAACUUUCAUUCUUCAAAUUAUUCUGCCGUAACAAUGGAAUUUACAACUCCUCCAUCUUAUGCUAAUACUAAAGUAAAUAUUGGUAUUAUCUCUUCAAAGGAUAAAAUUUUAUUUGCUACUGUUGGUAAUCAUGUAAUUCAUAAAGAUUCUGAAGUUGAUGAAAUUGGAUGGUCAGUUCCUAAAUCUAUAGAAUUUAAUUAUGUUGAAUCAAAUGAAGAAGAUGAAGAUGAAGAUGAAGAUAUUGUUGCCUCUGUUAAAGGUAAUUUAUCAACUUUAGUAGAAAGAGUUGAUGUUAUGGCAGAAAUCCCUCAAUUUGUUAAGAAUAUCGUUAGUGGAGUUGCUGGUACUAAACCUUAUAUUUAUCAAUAUUGUAAUGAAUUUGAUAUUACAGUUAAAGAAUCUAAAAUUCAUUCAAUUGAAAAUGAUGUUACUGAAUCAGGUAUUGGAUUCACUGAAGUUACCUUUAUCUCCGAAUAA